GCGCGCGGCGUUCCGGGGGGGAGCGCGCGCCUCGCAUCUUUUGUGCUCGGGCAGCUCGCCCCUCGGCGGAGCCGCGCGGGGAACGCUCUUUGUGCGCGCUCCCUCCCCCCCAGCCCGGCGGGGGACGAUGUCUCAGCCCCGAGGCAAGAAGAGAAACCCUGGGCUGAAAAUUCCUAAGGAAGCCUUUGAGCAGCCACAGACGAGCUCCACGCCACCCAGAGAUCUGGACUCCAAAGCCUGCAUCUCUAUUGGUGAGGAGAACUUUGAGGUGAAGGCCGAUGACCUGGAGCCCAUCUCCGAGCUGGGACGAGGUGCGUACGGGGUGGUGGAGAAGAUGCGGCACAUGCCCAGCGGGCAGAUCAUGGCAGUGAAGCGGAUCCGAGCCACGGUGAACAGCCAGGAGCAGAAGAGGUUGUUGAUGGAUCUGGAUAUCUCCAUGAGGACGGUGGAUUGUCCCUUCACCGUCACCUUUUACGGGGCGCUUUUCCGAGAGGGAGACGUGUGGAUUUGCAUGGAGCUGAUGGAUACCUCACUGGACAAAUUCUACAAACAUGUCAUUGACAAAGGCCUGACGAUUCCCGAGGACAUCCUGGGGAAAAUCGCAGUCUCUAUUGUAAAAGCACUAGAACAUCUCCACAGUAAGCUCUCCGUGAUCCACCGAGAUGUAAAGCCCUCUAACGUGUUGAUCAAUACGCAGGGGCAGGUGAAAAUGUGCGAUUUUGGGAUUAGCGGUUACCUCGUUGACUCUGUUGCUAAAACCAUGGAUGCAGGAUGCAAACCCUACAUGGCUCCUGAGAGAAUUAACCCGGAGCUGAACCAGAAGGGAUACAGCGUCAAAUCCGACAUCUGGAGCCUGGGGAUCACCAUGAUCGAGCUGGCCAUCCUGCGCUUUCCCUACGACUCCUGGGGCACGCCCUUCCAGCAGCUCAAGCAGGUGGUGGAGGAGCCGUCGCCGCAGCUCCCAGCGGAGAAGUUCUCAGCGGAGUUCGUCGAUUUUACCUCGCAAUGCUUGAAGAAGAAUUCCAAAGAACGGCCAACAUACCCAGAGCUUAUGCUACAUCCUUUCUUCACCCUGCACGAAUCCAAAGAGACAGACGUCGCCUCUUUUGUCAAGCUCAUCCUGGGAGACUGAGAACUGGACUUGUAAAAGAAUUGCCCUUCUGUGGACUGGUGGGUGCAGGGGAGGGGCACGUGGCAGGACUUGUCAUGGAAGCACCAACAGAAAGUCGCCGUGUUUUGUUUCGUUUUGUUUUUAUUCUGAGAAACCCCCGCCUCGCCCGAGUUUUUUUAAAGGGUUCUUUGGUAUCCAUAGUGACAUAGAACGAGCUGGUUAGUGGAAUGAAUUUUAAUAAGGUUGGUAACCUUAAAACAAAAACAAAACAACAACAACAAAAAAAAUCUUUUUUGAAAGAGUGAUUUACAUAUUUAAUGACAGUCGAAGUUCCUCUUCCUAACUUGCUCCUCAUCCCCCUUCCCUUCCCCUUGAACCAGAAUUUGCUUUGUCAUGGUAAUAGGUGCUAUGGUAGUCAUGAAGUUGUAUGUAGAUUUAUAUUUUGUCCCUUCCAUUAUUUUAAUAUUUAUGUUAAGUGCUUGAUGGAAUAGAUUUCUGUUUUAUAUGAGGAUGAGUGCGUGGUGAUGAUGAUGAUGAUGAUGAUGAUGAUGCAAAAUGAGGCCGCAGCAAGCAGCACUUGUAGGGCUCGCUGGGGAAAAGGUGUCCGAGGAGAGGAGAGAGGAGAAGUGUCUCUGUUGUGGAAUGUAGGUGAUGUGCAUCAUAAAAGGAACGGAUAAGCAAGCCUUGCUGCUCGAGCUGUGUCAGGGAGGGAGGCCCCGGUGUCCCCUGUGGUCACCUCCUCUCCCGACACCGCGCUCCGAGUCCGGCCGGCGCUUCCAGCCCUGCCCCACCGCCCUGCUCUGCUGGAGAGGGCAGGCUGGGAGCUCUGGGAAUUGCUGGGACAAUGUCUGGGACAAAAGGCCCAGAGGGAAGGAGUUGUCAGAGAAGUUGCACAAAGAAGAGGAGGAGCAGUCCUGGUCGGUGCCCAGCAGCGUUGCAGUGCCCGGGGCUCCCUUGGGCUGGGGAUGAGCUGCUCUGGGGCUCGGGGGGAGCUCCUCUCUCGGAUGAGCCGGGAUCACAGGAUGCACAGCACCCCUCAGGGGUGGGAUGGAUUAGCAGUGGGUUCUGGGCUCCAUCCCUCCGUGCUUGCCCGGGGAUUGCAGCGCUCCCAGGAGCCCGUGCUGGCCUGGGCGUUGGGCUGUGCCCAGCCCCAGCUGGGAUGCUGCAGGCAGCCGGGAGCGCUGGGCUCUGCCUGGGGAACCACGCAGGGACACCACAGCCCGCCCUGACCAGGAGCUCCCUGCUGCUGGCCUCGGGGACGAGCUGCGAGCCAGGGACAGGAGAAGGUGGGAGAGGAGCUGGAGAGCGUUGUGCCCUCAGGUCAGUCACUGUCUGGAGCAGGGGGCGCUGGGAGUGUUGGCUCCACGUUAACGCUGGUUUGAGCCAUGCCUGCCCAGCUGCCUGGCCUGGGGCUCCUUCCCCCAGCCCUGGAACGAGGCCUGCACGAGUGCCUCGUGCCCCUGCAUGCGCUUCCAUCCCCACCCCUCGCUUGGGCACAGCCCCUGGGAGCCAGAAACACACGCUGCUCUGCAGGGCUGAACCUUGCAGGGUGUCACUGUUACUGUGCAGGGUGUCACUGAACCUUGCUCUGCAGGGCUGAACCUUGCAGGGUGUCACUGAACCUUGCAGGGUGUCACUGACCCUGCUCUGCAGGGCUGAACCUUUGCAGGGUGUCACUGACCCUGAGCAGGGUGUCACUGACCCUGAGCAGGGUGUCACUGACCCUGAGCAGGGUGUCAUUGCUAGGUUAGCAGCUCCAGGCUCUGCUGGUGCAGGUUGGAACAGUCUGAGGGGAUUUUGGGAAUCCCUUGGAAGGGCUGAAGAGGAGGGCAGUGUUCAGAGCAGGGGCUCUGGGGUGCUGGGGACACGCCAACACUUCCAAGAGGCGCACAAAGACACCGCCAGUGCCUGGGCUGUCACUGUCCCUGCCACCACAGGGGUGGCUGUGAGCCUGGGGUGGUGCAGCCCUGCCCUGGGGCUGGCAGUGACAGAGACAGGGGAGCAUUUAUCGGGAUUUAUGGAUCCUUGUGCCCUCAGCUGCAGAGCAGGGGGCUCACAGAGGGCUUGCAGGAAUCAGGGUGCCAUUCACGGGUGGUGCAGGCUUUGGGGAGCAGGUUCCCCUUGCUCAGCCCUGCCCCAGGAGCCCGCCCAGCCCUCGGGAAAGGAUAAGCUCCACACCCCGCUCCGUGCCGAGGGGAACCUUUCAGGUUACAUUUCAUGGCAGAUGAAACACGAGGAUGUUUUAUUUCACAGUGUAAUUUUAAGAGGCCUCGCAUGGCUCAUGAUCUGCCCUCUCAUAUUCCGUGGUGUGUGUGUGUGUUUUCUCUCUCUCACUUUCUCAGAGUCACAGAGCUGUUUUGAUUGAUUGUCCUCAGCUGCAGCUGAAAGUCCAGCCAGCCAGUUUAUAGACUUGGUUCCAGCAUCAAUUCUCACUUUGAAAAACAUGACAUUUAAAACCACCCUUUGGUUUUCCUACAUAUGGAUCUGAUGCUUUUGUUAAAGAUUGUUUUUGCUGCUUUUCCCCUGCAAUAUAAGUCUCGUUUGGACACCGCAUCUCCUUGACCUCAGAGCACCUUCAUUUCAGUGCCAUUGUAAUUGACAGGUUGAAUUUAUGAGAUACUGUCAAAGCUCAGUAUUUAUAGCAGAUAUUAAUGUCACCAGCGUUUUCCAAUAGAGAAUUAAUGGCAGUGUUUUCUGCAGCUGGUAACCCUCUGAAAGGAUUCCUCCGUGCCUCCACACAGGGCUUGCUUUUAUGCUUUCUGCUCUAAUCCUUUUGUUUUAAUGACAUUACAAUAGGGCACGCAACAAAUCACUUCCCUUCCCUGCUCCUUCUCCGUGACUUUGUUCCUUUCAAAGUCGUUUGCGUCAGCCCAGGGUAAGUGUGGAGCUGUGUGAGGGUGAGGAAAGUGCUGUGAGAUGCACAGGGCUCUGGCCCUGCAUCCCUCCACAAAGCUUGGCCUGACCCAGGAGUUCCUGAGAGAGAAGCCUGAGCUUGGUGGCUUCAGCUCAGGGAGGAGAGCCAGGGACUCCUGUGUGCCUCAGAGCCCUGCUGGGCUGCAGGAUGAGAGUCAGGCUCUUCUCUCUGCUGUUUAAUGUGACCUCUGUGAAGAUGAAAAGCCUUUGGUUGCUGCUCAGAUCUUUGCUUGGCCAGAGCACAAGCACAGGGACAGACACAAGCUCUGGGACGUGAAACCUUUCCUGGCAGCCUGGCCCCCUGGGCAGCCCAGGUGUUGAGGUUUAGGGAUGUUCUUCACAAAGGUUUUCUGUGUUCACACAGCUCAUUUGGGCUUGGGAUUGCCCCAGACUGGAAUUUUUAGAGAAGCAGGUCUUGAAAGAACCUCAAAGGCAGGGAGCAGAGGGAGAGCAGAGCUGUGGGAGCUCAGCACUGAGCUGUGAGCUGGACCAGCUGUGGAGAGGGCCUCUCCAGCCUGCCACAGGUUACCAGCAGGCACAGCCCAUCCCCAGGAGUGCCCAGGUGUGUGUCCGUCCUCCUCUUCCCACCUCCUGCAAUCUCCAGAGUGCUGCAGGCCUUGCCACUGCUGGAGCUCUGAAGUGUCACUGGCAGGAAAGGUGUUUUUUGGGUCUCCAAGAGCCCUUUGCACCCUUAAAUCUGGCAGAGUAGUUGGAGGGCAUUUUCUGGUUACUGUUUGAAACCCCAGGUUCAUGCUGCUGCACUGGGUGCAAUGCCCAUCUUCCCUGGAGUUCUUCCAGGUGCACAGACCUUGACACAGGUAUCUCUGUACUGUAUUUCUCUGGUUUCCCCUGGCUUUUGUUGAGUUUACUGGUGACAAAGAGGCAACUCUGACUUGUUAAAGUUAAAAAAAGUUAAAACUUCAUUUCUGGAGGCAGUUGGUGGGUCCCUACUUGGAAAAAUCUCUAAAAAAAAAUCUCAAUUCAUCUCCCUGUAGCUGAGCAGGUGCUGCUGCACCUUUUUCUGCUGGGAAGGCUCAGCAGGGAUUUCUCCAUGCCUGCUGCCAGCCAGGGGUGUACCUGCACGUUUCCCUUCUUCCCUGCAUGUUCUGGAAGAGGAAAUCCUGCUUGAUCAACACAGCAUUGCUUCAGUGGCUGCUCUGGUGUGGUUCAGACAAGGUUCCCACCAAGCUCCCGUGUUUAAUAAAUCUGUUUUAUUCAAAACAACCCCCAAACUCCUCUCUCAGAAAAACCAGCCAAGAUGCUCCUUUUUUUUUUAUUUCCCCUUCCAUCUUGUUCCUGUUAGAGGAACCCUGGGAGCCCGUCUUGGUGCUUUCACUCUUUCACAUGCCAAAGAUCCCACGUAGUUAUGCUCCUGCCAAACCAGUUCUUGUAGUCCUGCCUCUAAAACCAUCCAUUUCCCUGCUCCUUGGGGUUCCUUUUGUUGCUGUUGCUUUUUCAUUGAAUUUCCUCGUGUUUAUUGACAUGUCUAUUGUUGAGCUUCCUGGACACAUGCAGCUCUCUUUUUUGGGAUACAGGGAAAGACAAAUAGUUGCCUUCACUUGUGUGCCCCUGCUGUUGGGGAAAUACUGUCAGUGGUGUGAUUCCUACAGAUGGGAUGGGUCUCAUGUCGAGCUGGGCUCAUGGAGGGUGUAAACUGGCACUGCUCCAUUGGCUUGGCUGGAACAAGGCCAGUUUUGUCCAGCUGAGAAUCUGUCCUUAGAUUUUAACUGUCUAAACAGUUACUACACACUAAUAAAGAUUAAUGAUGGUAAAUCCCCAGGGAUUAGACAUAAAAUGGCAAGUUUUGCUCAUUAAUCUUUAUUGCCAUGUUAUGGUUGUUGCUGUUAGAGCCUCUCUCUGCUCUGGACGUGCACAGAGGAGGGUGCUGAGCCUGGGGAGAUGAAGGCUGGACAGAACACACAGAACACACCAGAUGUCCACAUGUUUUACACUCUGUGUCUUCCCUCCAGGUUCCUUUAUUCCUUGAAAGCCCUUAACCAGCAGCAGAGGAUGGAUCCCAGAGCUUCGCCUGCUCCUCUGGCCUCUGCCUGGGCUGUAAAACCCAGAUUGUUUCUGGUGAGAAGGGAUCAGAUCUCCUCAUUAAUAUUUCAGCUCAGCCUUUGCUGGAGCAGAUGGAGAAUGUCAAAUUUGCCCUGUGCUCUGCAGAGCUGGGAGAUUCGCCCUGGAGGAGUGGCAGCUCUGUUGGAGGCUGAAAGGACUCUGCUCCUUCACAUAACCCCACUCCAUAAAAACAGUGGCUUUUGUUAAUGAAUGGGGGCAGAAAAAGCUGCAUCUCAGUUUUGAGGUGUUUGCAGAUGAAUAAACACAGCCAGGAGCUCUGGUGGAGCCAAGUGCUCCAGGCACAAAGGUCCAUUGCUGUAGAAAUGAAAGGGACUCUGAGAGUGCAGUGAACUUUAAGGGUGGGUUUAAUGGCAAUUAAAACAAAAUGAGUCCUGUGAUGGGCAGCUGGUGUCAGUGCACUCUGCCAGGGAGGGUCUGGAGCAGCAGGAGAGGCAGGACACAGCCACAGGUCCAUCGAGGGCACAGCCUGAGAGCAGCCUGGCUGCCCCUUCCCUCCCCACAUCUUCCUUCAGGCCCAGAUUGAUGGGCAGUGGGUCCCAGGUUGCCACUGGGAAUCUGAAUCCAAAUCCAGGGAGCAAAAUCUAAAACCAAAAAGGAAAAUAUUUUUCCACAGGGAAAAACCUGCAAGUGGCCCAGGGCACGCUGCUGCUGCAUGGCCUGAAAGGACGGGAAAAGCCUGGGAGAGACCUCUGUAGCUGAGAGAGAAGAGGGGAAACUUUUCAGGUCUCUAAGCAGCUUCAUGCUGUAAUUACCCAAUUUUCAGGCCACCAGGAGGAGGGAGUUCACCAGGGAGCAGCUGGGGCUGCAGGAUGGUUGUGGUGUGGCUCCCUCAGAGCAUCCCUGGGAUGCUGGAGAGCUCUUGGCCUCCCUGGACACCUGACAGGGAGAGGCACCUUCAUCUUUCUGUUCCCAUGUCUGGGAUUUCACCGGCCCCAGCGGGAAGGGGCCUCAGCUGUCCAUGGAGUGGAGAAGGAGCUGCCUGUCCUCUCCAGUUCCCUCUCCCUGAUCCCACAGCUGGGAGCUGGCCAAGCAGCCACCCUGCAGGGCUCAGCCCCAGCGGGAGCUUGUCAGGUUUGCUGCCAUUCCGCUAGAACUCCCUUUGGGAACGCUGGGCAGCUCUGGAGCUGCAGCAGCCCCGCUCUGAGGCGCCUCAGCAGCCAGGAUGGGCCACAAGCCCUUCCUCGAGAGGCUCCUGGUUUUUAGAGGCCGGGGCGAGCGUCCAGCGGCCGCGAGGUUCUGCGGGGACAAGCCGGGAAAAGCUUGGAAGCGCCUGAAGCGCGCUGGAAGUAGAGAUGGAAAUCUCAAAAGAUCAGACGUCUUUCGGCGAUUUCCAAAGCUAUCUGGUUUUAGCCAGACCUGAAAUCCUUUCCUAGAAGUUUUAUUUCAGGGUAUUUUGAUCUGUUACUUUCACUUUUGGGCUUAGCUAAAUCCAGGAAACUCGGAGCGGUGUAAUUUUUGAAUAAAGACUAAACACACCCCGGGUAUUCCUGAGCUGAUCAGGAAAGCUGCUGCUUGGUUUAUCUUCCAGGAAUAAUUCAGGCCAGAUCAGGCUUUAAUUCAGUCUGGUUUUGCCCCUAGAUAAUGAUUGUUUUUGAGGAAAUAAAAAGAGCAGACCAGGAUCUUUCCAAAAGGCUGUGACCUGACACACCAAACCAUUCCAGGAGAUGGAUGGAGAUAAAUGCUCCAGUGAGAGGGGCCAAUGUCUGGAGGCUGCAACAGCAGCCUGGACUAUCUGUGGCCUCCAAAAACUCACACAGACACAGGAAUUGUGGGAUGGAGGUGUUGGAUUCUGCCAUUUCUUGGGAUUUUUCCCUUUAGGAGAGAGCAUUCAGCCAUCUCAGAGUGUCCCAGAACACCCAAAAGCCUUCAGCAUUUUUAUAUUGGUUUUUCUUUUCAGGACGGAUACUGUGAAAAGUCAGGAAGGGCCAGCUGUCCUUGAUUUGCACAGGCAGGGUGAAGAAAUGUGGCUUUGGUGCCUGAUAAAAGCCAAGAAAAGGUGUGUUUAAAGAUAAAUCCCAGUCUCUGUCAGAGCUGCUGAGCCAGGAUCAAAUAUUCCCAAAUCCAGGUACAGCUGCAGAGCUCUCCAUCCACAUUUAGCCCAAAUUUCAUCACAAAUCCUGCAUAAACACCUACAGCGUGGACUGUGCCUUCUGGGGGGCUUCUGGCAGAUUUGGGGCUCAAAAUCCAAUAUUCCCCAACCCAGGAUUUGGCUCUGAAUAUUCCCUUUAAAAUCCAUGUGUAAAGUGAAUUUCCAGGGCUCGGCUGCUGUUUUUAUUUUGGUGAAUGGAGUGGUUUGUGCUUGGUGAGAGCUGUCCCUGUGCCAGGGGCUGCUGGAAAUCAUCACAACAUCCAAAAUAGCUGGAAUUCUGCAUUUUUUAAAUAGGAAUACAACAAGGGGAAGCUGCUAAAUGUAGCUCCUUGUAAGCUGGAAAUGUGUUGGAGUAAAAUUUGUCAUUUCUUGUAGAGAAAAAACAAAACAAAACGAAACAACUCUCCAAAAUUGUCCAAAAUCUUCAAUUUAAGGAAUUACAGUUUUAUUGGCAAAGAUCCACGUUCAGAAAUCCCAUCAAUAGAUGGGAUUUUUAGACUUUCUGUCUUAAGGUGUGAAAUCUGCUUUUUCUCAAGAUGGUGGGAAAUCUGUAAUAAGGAUAUUUCUAAAUAAUUCUGGCUAGGGAAAAAAAAAAACCCCAAACACCUCAAAAAAAUGGAAAAGCACCGAGAUCCCAGUGUUCUCUGGUGUUGAAGAGGGCACAUGGACAUGUUAGGAAGGAGAAGACUUUUCAACCUGCUGUAAUGCAAGUCCUUAUUUUACUUCAUUUUUAGGGUUUUUUUUUUACAGCAACAUCACUUGGUUUCUUAACUGGGAAAGUCUCUGCUUUUCCAUCCCCGUGGAAAGCUGAUUAUUCUUUCUCAUAUUCUUAUUUAUUAUUUAUCCCUUUCUGGUACUAUCCAAGAGGUGCUGAAGAUAUCUCCCAGCCUGCCCUCGAGCCAUGUGGGAUCCCUGUGGUAGCUCCUAACAGCUGGGAUGGCAGUAGACAGCUAAUUAUGAUUUUAAAUUAUAUUUAUAGCAACUUAGAUUAUUAUUUUUUUGUUUUUUAGUGUCUCGGUUUGCAUUAGAAUUAGGGAUGGGGAUAAGGAAUCUUGUUUUAAAAUAUUCUAAUUUUUUUUUUUUGAGUUUUGGGGGCUUCUGAAGAAACCUGCUCACUUUUAGGUUUUUAGUAGGGAAGCACGAGGUGGGUUUCAGUUGUUCCUUUGAGAGGGGAUUGAGUAGCACCAGGGUUCAGUUUAGCUGGUAGAAUGCUCUGUCAAAUCAUUAAAAUCGAUUAAAUCAAUCAAUAAAAUCAGCUGAACUCUGAGAAAACAGCCACUUUCCACCUGAAAAUUCAAAUCUGGUUGGUGACAAAUUUGGUUCGUCCCAGGCUCGUGCCAGGCUUUUCUCUGUCAAACCUGGAGUUUGCUGGAGCCCUGGGUGGUGAGGACUGGCCAAGGCAGGGCUGGGGACAGCCAAGUGUCACCUCUGGGGCUGGAGGACACCUGUCCUGCAGAAAUAACGGAGCAAUUCACGAGCUCUGGGGGAUGCUGAGGGGAAUCCCUCAAGUGUGGGAGAGAAUCAGGGCUUUGGGGCUCAAAACCCAUCAGGUUUUGUUCUUUUUAUUCCCUUUCUGCCCUUGGAAAGGUGCUUCAGAAGCCUCCCCAGCCUUUCUGAUAAAGAGUAACAGAACCAGAGAACCACAGAGUCACGGAGGGUGGAAAAACCUUUAAAAUCAUCGAGUCCAACCAAAAACUCAGCGCUGCCAAGGCCACCACUAACCCGUGUCCCCGAGUGCCACAUGCACACAUUUUCAGCCCUUCCAGGGAGGGUGACUCAAGCCCUUCCCUGGGCAGCCUGGGUGCUGUGGUGCAGCUGUUUUCAGACAGCUCACACCACUUUUCUGGUUUGUUUUCUUUCCCCAGCGUAUAAGAAACGCUGGGUAGCAGAAUGUGGAAUUGAUUAGAAGUUCAUAAAGCAGGGACCUCAGAAGGAUGUGGGUAUAAAUGCUUUUCAGGCAUCCGAGGUGAACUUUAAAUGGAGCUUUGGCCCUCAUUUGCUUUCUGCUUUUCAAAAACCAUUUAUGAGAAAGUGGAGCUGUCAAAGCCAUGCAUGAACUUUGCCUUCUUGCAAAUAACUUGUCUCAAAGUAAAUUGUCCAAAUGCACAAGAAACUUGUCUCUAAGUAAAUCCAGUAGCUCUACAGAGCUGGAAUUGUGUGCAUUGGAGGGUGUGAGAGGUGUGUGCGUGUGUGUGUGUGUGAGCACGUGUUGUGCUUGGGGAGGUGCAGGGAGUAACUCAGCCAUUUUGAGAUUUAAAAAAAAAACACAAUGCAAGUGCUUUUAAAAAAAAAAAAAAAAUAAAUAAAAAGGCAGCGUAAAAUAUUUAUUUCUUGGCAGAAGUACAUCAGACCACAUCUCCCAUCCUUCUUUUAAUUGCUUGGUGUUUGUUUGUGUUGUGUCAGGCUUUGCUGGUUUCCUCUGCAGGGCUGCGCGCCGCCCGUCACCUCGCACAACCCCGCUCCGAGCCAGGGCACGGGGCAGCUCCAGCUCCUCAGGAGAGCCCUGGGGUGCAGGCAGUGCAGCAGAGGCCAAGGUGCUGUUGGGUUAAAGGCAGUGGAGAGUGGGGGAUUUUCAAUUUUUAGCCUUGUCGAGGGAACUCUUUCCAUGUGAGAAUCCAACCUGCCGCGCCCUGAGGCAGCAGCACCCCGAGUCCCAGCCUUGGGGAGGGUGGGUUGGCCAGACAGGGCAGCUCAGAGGGUGUCACUGAAAAGGAAAGAGGUGCUGGAGUGAGUGUGAGGCAGCACUGGGUGCUGGUCAGUGCCUGUGGGCUUUGCCCAGGGUUUGGACGCUCCAGCUCCGGCGCCCAGCCAGGUGCAGACACUUCAUCAGUCAGAGACUGCCGAGCUCACCUGGCUGCCCACCUGCACAUCCCCUCCACCUGCAACACCUCCUGUGUUGUCUUCACCCAUCUCAGUGCUGUUCCUCGUGCUCUGGAGAUGAGCAGGAGCAGCAGAGGGACAGUAGGGCCGUGUGUGUAACGUUUGAGGGGCUUUUACUCCAUGUUGUUUUAAAGAGAUGCUUUUAGGAUCCAUGCUGAACUGGUAUUAUUUAACCUUCACUGCCACAGAUUCUUUCUCCCCACCCUCUUCACUUCAUACAGAUUGGCAAAACACAUUUGACUUGAAAAGAAAACACCCCCAAACCCUGCUGAUGGGAUAAGUUACUCCUCUUUACUGUGCUUUGAUUUGAUUUCUCAGGAUACCCAGAGGUUUUUCACUGCUGCUGAGAGGGGACAGUACACCUUUUUGGAGACUUCAACCACUGUAACAGUUUUCCAGAUGUGUGUGUGCGUGUGUGUGUGUGUAAGCCAGCACUGUGCGUGCGUGUGUUCUGCUGAAUAUCGUGUGCAUCUCUGAAAUGCUUCAAACAACUGCCUGGAAGUCAAAAACCAACCACCUCUUUCCAGUCAUAUGUUUGCCGUGACUUUUCAUAACCACACUUGAAACUAGUGGUCUUGGAUGGAAAUAUUCAAAGAGCAGGGCAUCUUUAUAGCAAUGGUAUGUCAGUCGAAUUACGGAAAAUGUACACAAAGAUAAAUAAAUGAAAUUUAAAAGUAA